GUUGUGGGUCUGUGUCUCGUCCAUACUGUGCUGGAUCUCCACUGUGGAUUUACAUACCCUGAUUUCCGUGGGACUGGGAAGCAAAAGAGGAGGGUGGUGAGAGUUUUUCAGGAACUGAGGAAACAAGCGCAAACAGCGUAACUUAACAAAUACAUAACUCGAACCCUAGCGUCCCUCGGAGUUACAUUUGCGCCACUUUUUUGCGCAUCUCGCGACUCCAGUUCGGUCUCUGGAUUAUUUAUUUAUUUUUUUCUCGAGUCUGGGAAGUUUUCGGAAGCAGCUUGAGUUGAAGCCGGUUUGAAGGGCUGUGGCCAUGGCCGGGGGUGGUGGUGGUGGUGGUGGUGGUGGUGGGGUUUCUCCAUUGGGGCCCGCACCGCCGAUGUGGUAUCACCGGGACCUGAGUCGAGCCGCGGCCGAGGAGCUGCUGGCCCGAGCCGGGAGGGACGGCAGCUUCCUGGUGCGGGACAGUGAGAGUGUCAACGGGGCUUACGCUUUGUGUGUACUGUUUCAGAAGCAUGUCCACACAUACAGGAUCCUCCCUGACGAUGAAGGAUUUCUGGCUGUACAGACGUCUCAGGGUGUUCAGCCUAAACGAUUCAAGACGUUACCAGAGCUGGUGUCCCUGUACCUGCAGCCGAGCCAGGGUUUGGUCACCACCCUGCUUUACCCUGUCGACAGAGAGGAAACUGCUGUCAGUGACGACAGGGACUAUUCAGAUGGGGAGGAUGAGAAGCCACCCCUUCCCCCUCGCUCGGCCUCCACCUCCACUCCCCCUGGACCAGACACUCCUACAGAAAGUGCCCCUGCUGCAAAUGGUCUGAGCACAAUCUCCCACGAGUACCUGAAGGGCAGCUAUGCUCUGGACCUCGAGGCGGUCAAACAGGGAGCCUGCUCACUGCCUCACCUCAACAAGACACUAGUGGCGUCCUGCAAACGCCUCAAUGGGGAGGUGGAUAAAGUCCUGUCUGGUCUGGAGAUCCUGUCCAAAGUGUUUGAUCAGCAGAGCGCCUUUAUGGUGUCCAAGAUGAUCCAACAGGUACAAUCUGUGAAUCAAGGUGGAGACCAGGAGUUGGAAAACCUGGUGACAAAGCUGGCGAUCCUCAAAGACCUGCUGUCCUCCAUAGAGAAGAAGGCUUUGAAAGCUCUUCAGGACAUGAGUUUAUCUUCUCCGUGCUCCCCUCCUCCUUUAUCCAUGCGUCACAGUAAAGCCAUCCCUGUGCAGGCCUUCGAGGUGAAGCUGGACGUCUACCUAGCAGAGCUGACAAAGAUCGGUAAAAGUCAGAAGUACACGCUGUCUGUGGACGUGGAGGGAGGAAGAUUAGUAGUGAUGAAAAAGGUGAAGGACAGCCAGGAGGACUGGACCACCUUCACACACGAUAAAAUUCGUCAGCUGAUCAAGUCUCAGCGAGUACAAAAUAAACUGGGUAUUGUGUUCGAGAAGGAAAAGGAUAAGAGCCAGAGGAAAGACUUCAUAUUUGCUAGUGCCAAGAAACGAGAGGCGUUUUGCCAACUGCUACAGCUCAUGAAAAACAAACAUUCCAACCAGGACGAGCCAGACAUGAUUUCCAUCUUCAUAGGCACCUGGAACAUGGGCUCAGUGCCCUCGCCUAAGUCUGUUGCAUCGUGGGUAUUGUGUCGUGGGCUUGGGAAGACUCUGGAUGAGAUGACAGUCACCAUCCCUCAUGACCUGUAUGUAUUCGGCACCCAAGAAAAUUCAGUGUGUGAUCGGGAGUGGGUGGAGACACUGCGAGCCAUGUUGAAAGAACAGACAGAGCUGGAUUAUAAACCGAUCGCAGUCCAGACUCUGUGGAACAUUAAGAUAGCUGUGCUGGUGAAACCCGAACAUGAGAAUCGGAUCAGCCACGUGGGAAUGUCCAGCGUCAAGACGGGCAUUGCCAACACACUGGGUAACAAAGGAGCAGUGGGCGUGUCCUUUAUGUUCAAUGGCACAUCUUUUGGCUUUGUGAACUGUCACUUGACAUCAGGGAAUGAAAAAAUUGCCAGGAGGAACCAGAACUACCUGGACAUCCUGAGGCUGCUGUCUUUAGGGGACAAACAGCUGAGCUCCUUUGACAUCUCACUACGCUUUACACACCUCUUCUGGUUAGGAGAUCUCAACUACAGACUGGAUAUGGACAUACAGGAGAUUUUAAAUUACAUUAACAGGAAAGAGUUUGAGCCUCUUCUGAAGGUGGAUCAGCUCAACCUGGAGCGGGAGAAGAAUAAGGUUUUUCUACGCUUUGCGGAGGAGGAGAUCUCAUUUCCACCUACAUACCGUUAUGAACGUGGCUCAAGAGACACAUAUGUUUGGCAGAAGCAGAAGGCCACAGGGAUGAGGACUAAUGUUCCAUCCUGGUGUGACAGAAUCCUGUGGAAGUCCUACCCAGAAACACACAUUGUUUGUAACUCAUAUGGUUGUACAGAUGAUAUCGUGACCAGUGACCAUUCCCCUGUGUUUGCUACCUUCGAAGUGGGCGUGACUUCCCAGUUUGUCUCCAAAAAAGGUCUGCCAAAGUCUUCAGAGCAGGCCUACAUUGAGUUUGAGAGCAUUGAAGCUAUAGUGAAGACAGCGAGCAGAACCAAGUUCUUCAUUGAAUUCUACUCUACUUGUCUGGAAGGCAAGUUCAAGAAGAGUUAUGAGAACGACAGUCAGAGCAGUGACAACGUUAACUUUCUACGCGUGGGCUGGUCCAACAAGCAGCUAACAACCCUCAAACCCCUCCUCUCUGAGAUCGAGUACCUUCAGGACCAACACCUGCUGCUGACAGUGAAGUCACUGGAUGGAUACGAGUCCUACGGAGAGUGUGUGUUGGCUCUGAAGUCCAUGAUUGGCAGCACAGCGCAGCAGUUUCACACUUAUUUGUCCCAUCGAGGUGAAGAAACAGGGAACAUCAGGGGCUCCAUGAGGGUCCGAGUGCCCUCUGAAAGAAUGGGAACCAGAGAACGACUCUAUGAAUGGAUCAGUGUGGACAAAGAUGAAACUGGUGGACCCAAAGGAAAAUCCACAUUGCAUCCCCGAGUAGGACAUGAAUAUGUAAAACCAUCUGUGGUUCGUAAACAGCUUGGAGAGCUGGGAAAGGUCAGUGAAGAGGGAGAAAGAAGUAGCAAAGAGGACACUGCUGCAAGGCCUAAGCAGGAUUCUUCCGACGCUGAUCCAUCCAUCAGCAAGAACAGCUACAAUAAUCCUGCUUACUACAUCCUGGAGGGCGUCCCCAACCAGUCAGCUGCUGCUUUGUCACCUGAACUUCUCCCGUCCCCUACCUCCCCCAACUCCCAGGCACCCAAAGGCCCUCCUCCCACAGCAGGGGCUCGAACCAAGCCCCCCUGUGCAGUGUCAGGGCCCUCUCAUCCACGCAGGCCCUUGACCGGGCAUCCGGUCCGAGCCAUUAGUGAGGAGGGGUCUUCAGAGGAUGAUGCAGGCACCGGUGUGGUAGGAGCACAGGGGGGAGGUGUUGGAGGAACAAUUGGAAGCACACUCAACCGCCCACCACCCGACUUUCCCCCUCCUCCUCUUCCCAAAGGAGCGCUAGAGAUGGUCUCUGAAGUGCCCUUCCCUAGACCCCGCCCCAUUUACCCAGACCUGGCAGAGGUCAGGAUCCCGGCUGCCACUCCCGCUGCACCAUUGGCACUCGGGGAGGGGUUCAGACGAGGUGGAGGAGGAGGAGGAGGAGGAGGAGGAGGAGGAGGAGGAGGAGGAGGAGGAGGGGCAUCAGUGUUGGACGACCAGUCAUGUUCUGUGCUCCAGAUGGCAAAGACUCUGAGUGAGAGCGAGUUUCCGGGGCAGCCUCCACGCGCUCCCUCUGCACCGCCUCCCCUCAGGGGGCAGGUGAUGGGUUUAGGACUGGACGCCUGCCGCACCUUCCCUCCCAGAAACCCCAUCACAGAGAGCAUCGCAGAGGACAUGCCUGAGGAGGCACUUUGGGGCAGCAGUAGCUCAUCUUUAUCCGUGGGGGAGUCUUCAGUGGGUGAGUGGCUCCAGAGACUGGGGCUGGAGAGGUAUGAGCAGGGUCUACUACACAACGGCUGGGAUGAUCUGGAGUUCCUCAGUGAUAUUACUGAAGAGGAUCUGGAGGAGGCGGGAGUAUUUGAUCCCGCCCACAAGCGCAUCCUGCUGGAGAGCCUCAGGCAGCAGCAGCAGCAGAAAUAAACUGUACCAAACUGGUCUAUGACUGGUCCAAAUCGGCCUGGUAGCACACCGGGUCCCAAGAGGCCAAAUCUCAGCUGAACUGAAAUGAGCUGGAACGUGCCAGUUCAUGCCAGACUGUGCCUUGUGAGAGAAAUUGCACUCCAUUUUUACUUUCAAAAACACUUAUUGAACCAACGUUUUUUUUUUUUUUUUUAAUUAUUUUCACAUGUACUGUAUGUAUGUUGUCAGUGUCAUAGAAGUGGCCUUAUUGAGUAUAAUCAUUUCAGUCCCUUAAGCAUCGCUACAUAAUGCAGCUCUCAGCUUUAAGCCUAGAGUGAAGAUGCAGGAUGUGAUGUGUGAUUUUUCAGCCCAGACAGAAUUUGAGGCGUGACUGACCACAAGGACUUUAAAAUGAAUCUUUUUGUGUCGUAGCAUCAGUUGUGACCUGCGGCUAGCAUUAAUGCUGGCUUUUCUUGCUAGACAGAGCAGAAAGCUUUUCUGCCAUAAUGAGAGGAGGGCUUGAAACCUAAUUUUUUGACACUGUUCUUCUCAGAGUCUGCCCUACUGAUGGAAAAUUUGUGGGAUGACGUUAAGCGUUAGAAAGCACCCAUGGGUAAUGUCAGCCCACGGCUCGGGCACAGGAACCUCAUCGUUUCCGGAGUGGGGGCGGGCAGGAAGUAAAGCAUCAUUAAGCUGUAGUAGCGAGGACCUAGCCCUGAAGCCUAACAUUAGUUUAUAUUUUUGUGAUAAUGUCUGGGCCACUGUAGCUUAAAAGGUGACACUGGUUGUAUUGCACCAGUGUCCCUGCAUGUAUUUAUUGUAUUACAUUUUCUAAUGAUAAAGGGAAUAUAAAGCAACCCACCAAACCGGUCCUUGAUCAUCUUGAUACAUCAUGCACAUGUAUGUAAACAUUAGCCAAUAGAUUUCGACAUCAGCUCCCUCACAUGAAAUGCUCAACACUAACAUUUCAUCUUUCCCCCUACGCUCUGGUACUGACAUGUGGUUUGUCAUUAUUAGAGAUUUUAUUUUUCAGGCACCUUUUAGAGUCCUCCAACCCAAAGUGGGGAAACAAAGUAGAUAGAG